AUGACUUCAAUAACCCAGCGAGUGAAUACAUUAAACAGCGUUGACUUGUUGCUGUCCAAAGUGGAUGAAGGCAAAAAUGAUGCUGACACCCUACUGGAUACACUGCUACUCAACAACGCGGCAUACGAUCUAUACCAGGUGCGAAAGGAUGUGAUCAGUCAAGAGCUAAAAAACAAGGGUCUGAGACCAUUAGAACAACUCAACUCUCUUUCAAGAUCGGGUGCUAGUUCUAGUCAGAAAGACCGCAUCCAUCAAUUGACGAAAACUGUUGAGGAUAAGUUGUUCGAGUAUGAUUCGCGAUUGAAAGAACACAAGGAGCAAUACGAACAGGAGUUGAGAUUGAAAACCCAAGCAGAAGAGUUUCCGACAGGCCAGGAUACUUCUGUAUUGCACACAGUUCUGGAAGAGGAAGAUGACGGUGAAGAUUCGAUGACUGCCUUGAGAAAGAGGCUUUUGAGCACACAAAGAUCUUCUCAAUUGGACACUAUAGAAGACAAAAACAAGUAUCACGAGACUCUACACGAAGAUUAUCUGAAGGAUAUCUCAUUCUUCGUUGGCCAGGCAAAGAGCACUGCGUUGCGAUUCCAACAGGCUCUUAGCAACGAUGCUAGUAUACUGAAAGAGGCAAGCGAAGAAUUAGAAAAAUCCCAAGGAAAACUGGGCAAAGUUGGUCAAUUACUGUCACAUUAUCAUCGCACUGGAAAAUUGUCUAUUUGGUUCUACAUAAGGUUGAUUCUCGCGCUGUUCAUUGGUUUCUUCAUAUGUUUGCUAUUGAUCCAGAUUCUUCCCAGGGGUUAG